CCCACAGAUACAGAGGGGCAGCGGCGGAACAGGAAGAGAUUGUCUCGUGCUGCUGCUGCUCUGCGGUUCUGCGGUUCUGCUGCCAGUCGGAUCAGGGAGAUGGAAGAGAGGAAAUUUAGAGAUAAAUCCACAAUGUUUUCCCCAAGCCUCGUGACUCUUCUUGGACUACUGGGCCAUCUGUUGCUGAAUUGCCCUACUGCUCUUGGAACAGACUUCCGUUCUGCUUUCUCAGUUGCCCGCACCAGCAGCAUGGAAGGGGGCCCAGAAAUGGUCAUCAGCUUUGACAAGGUCUAUGUGAACAUCGGUGGCGAUUUCGACCCCAAAACCGGAACAUUCAGGUGCAGGAUCCCAGGGGCGUAUUACUUCUCCUUCACCGUUGGCAAGUUCCCCAAGAAGAACCUUUCAGUCAUGCUAAUGAAGAAUAAGAACGAGGUCCAGGUUAUUGUUUACGAUGAGCAUCACCACAAAGAGAGGAAAGUAGCAAGUCAGAGCGCCAUGCUGCAACUGGACUAUGGGGACACUGUUUGGCUUCGGCUUCACGGAGACCCAAAAUAUGCCAUCUACAGCAACAUUGGGCCUUACACAACUUUCAAUGGAUAUCUCAUUUAUCCAGAUGUGUCCUCCACCUACCAGAGUACUAAUGACCCUUACGCAUUGCAGAACUAUGGUGGAGUCCAGUCAUUGAAAGGGCCGGUUUCAGAGACCACCAAAGGCGGCCACAUGUCUGCCGACCAGCCCUCAAUAAACACAGAUCCCAGGUCCGCAUUCUCCGUUGCCCGCACUGAAAGCAUCGUCGGAACCGAAGACAGUAAGACCGAACAUCAAGCCAUCACUUUUGACACCGAGUUUGUAAACAUUGGGAAAGACUUUAACUUGUCUUCUGGGGAAUUUUACUGCAGGGUAGCAGGGGCCUAUUACUUUGCCUUCACCAUCGGAAAAAUGCCCUACAAGACGAUGUCGGUCAAGCUGAUGAAGAACCAGAACGAAGUGCAAGCCAUGAUUUAUGAUGACAGCGAUUCCAAGAAGCGAGAGAUGCAGAGUCAGAGCAUGAUGCUCUCACUCCAUCCUGGAGACACGGUCUGGCUCUACAGCCACAGCGACGAAGGGUACGGGGCCUACAGCAACCACGGGAAAUAUAUCACUUUCACUGGGUUUCUUGUGUACCCGGAAAUGACUCCCAAACAGCAUGUGCCUGCCACCAAUCAGAAAUUAGAAGAGAUCUGAGCAGAACUAAAAGUGAUUUCUAUUCCCCAGUGUGGGAGACGUAGGCCUGCACUCUCGUCCUUGUCCGUUGAGCACGUUGUACAUAUCUUUGUCUCUGUCUCGAACUCUGCAUGCCGGUUGUACUGGGUGGGACUUCAAAGGACCAGUCACCCAAAGAUGAGGAAAAUAAGCGUGGAAUGGGACUUUUUCAGAAGUACAUUAUUGCGGGGUGGACAGUUGGGGGGCAGGGUUACUGACACCAUGUAAAGCUGAAGCAAUACUGGUUGGUGGGUGGUUUGAUGGGGAUGUGGCAAAUUUUAUAUGAAAAAUGUGGCAUCUCCUUUUAGUCAGCAAUAAACAGGAGGUCAAUGCAAAACAAAUGUAUGAAGGCGAUACCCCUCAUUUAUAGAUCGACCAAAAUGAUACACAUCUUUCAGAAAGACUUUAUGGUGUUAUGGUUCCCUGGAUACCUGGGAUGGCAUCAACAUAGGAGUACAGAAAGUCCAUCAUAAGAAUUAGGCAAAAGGAGUUCCAUGACUAUUUAUCUAUAUAUAUAUAUAUAUAUAUAUAUAUAUAUAUAUAUAUAUAUAUAUAUAUAUAUAUAGAAAAAGGCUGAGGCACACACUUAUAGGGAUAACAACCUGGGUGCAAAUCAGAUAAACAAUGUAAAUAUGUAAAAAAUGCUGAUGCACACCAGGAAAAUUUUAUCAAAAAAAAGAUACUUAGAUCUAAAUAAACUACUGUAUAUACUCGAGUAUAAGCCUAGUUUUUCAGCACCCAAAAUGUGCUGAAAAAGUCACCCUCGGCUUAUACUCGAGUCGGGUCCCAUGGGUCCCUCCAGACUAGCACCCCUCUCCUUUGUGUGCAAAUUAGGCCCCCCGCAACCAGACCCUCCAGUGCCCUGGCCCGCUCUCAAAUUCAUCUUCAUCUACCAUCCUCACCUGUCCCAUUCUGCAAUAGACAUUGCACUUUAUUUUCUAUAUAAACUAUAUAUAGUUUUGAAGGAUUUUAACUCUUUGUGUUUUAGCUUGGUUGCUGAUUGAGCUAAGUUAUCAUUGUUGAUACCAUAUUGUUUUUGUUGACCCUCUUCUCCACAUACAGAGCUUAUUUACUGUUUUUCUUUGAAUUAAAUAUUUAGUGUAAUUUUA